AUGUGGCGGGCCUCGCGCUUGCACUGCGUCUCGUCAAAGUCGUUGCGCUCCAGCGCGUCCAGGAAGGCGAGCGUCUCGGGCUGGCCCUCCGUGCUCUCGCGCACGGUGCGCAGCGUCAUGCGCUUGAUGUGCUCCACGUUGAUGCCGCGGCCGAGCUUCAUGGACCCCGUGGAGCGGUCCAAGUCGCCCAACGACCAGAAGAAGUACCGGCUGCUGACGCUGCCCAACGCGCUGCAGGCGCUGCUCAUCUCCACGGCCGAGGUGCCGCACGUGGCGGCCGCCGACGACGACGGCAGCAGCUUCGAUGACAGCGAGGAGGAGCGCGACGGCGCCCCGAGCCGCAGAGCCGGCGCCUGCCUCACGGUGGGCGUCGGCAGCUUCGCCGAGCCCGAGACGCUCCCCGGCCUGGCGCAUUAUCUCGAGCACAUGCUGUUCAUGGGCAGCGCCAAGUACCCGGACGAGAACGAGUUCGAGUCCUUCCUGAGCGCCCACGGGGGCUAUAGCAACGGCGCCACGGACAACGAGGUCGCGAGCUACACGUUCGAGGUGGGGCCGGCGCACCUGGAGCCGGCGCUCGACAUGUUCGCGCACUUCUUCAUCUCGCCGCUGCUGAAGGCGGAGGCCAUGGAGAGGGAGCUGUCGGCCAUUGAGUCCGAGUUCAGUCAGGCCACGCAGAACGACAGGAUCCGCACACAGCAAGUAUUGUGUGACAUGUCGCCUGCAAGCCACCCGUACCAUCGGUUCAGCUGGGGAAACAAGAAGAGUCUGCAGGAGUUGCCCGAGAAGAUGGAGGUGGACGUACGCGAGCAGAUUGUCGAGUUCUACGAGAAGUACUACUCGGCGAACAUCAUGAAGCUCGUGGUGUGCGGCGAGAACACUUUGGAUGAAAUGGAACAGUGGGUUACCAAGUCGUUUAGCGCGAUCCCGAACAAGCAGGUGAAGGUGCCGUCCUUCGCGGCCGCCGGACCGCCCUUUGGAGCUCAUGGCGCAGGCGCUCCAUUCCUCUGCAAGAUUGUACCCGUCCGGGAUAUCCACACGCUGCAUCUGGACUGGAUGAUCCCGCCGGUUCUAGGCCAACACCACCAGAAACCUGCAGACUACGUUGCAAGUCUACUGGGCCACGAAAGUGAGGGCUCGGUGCUGUCACAUCUCAAGGAGCGCGGAUGGAUUUCCGCUGUUACGGCAGGAGUGACCGACACGGAUGGCUACGACUGUGGAACCUACGCUGCAAAGUUUGAUGUGACGAUGAAGCUCACGCUGGAGGGAAUUUCCCACUGGGAGGAAAUCGUGCAUGCAGUCUUUGAGUACUUGCACAUGCUACGGAUAAAUGGCUGCCCUGCGUGGAUUUUUGACGAGCUUGCAGCGCUAGCCGAUAUUUCAUUCCGCUUCCAGGAAGAAGAUAGUGCUGUCGAGCGCUGUGAAGAGCUGGGUGAAAUCAUGCAGUCCAUGUUCAAGGUUGCGCCCGAAGAUUUGUUGCGCUACGACCUCUUCAAGGGUGAAUUCAAGAAGGAGCUUGCUGAGGAGGUGCUGCGGCAUUUAACCGCUGAGACGGUUUGUGUGUCGAUCGUUUCACAGACGUUUGCGGAUUUGCCUGAAUUUCAAGCUCAGGUCAUCGAAGAAAAGUGGUUCGGAGUCAAAUAUUCGAAGGAGGACAUUUCUUCCUCCACGAUUAAGCGCUGGAAAAGUGCAGGGACAAACCCCAAGCUUCAUUUGCCCCGACCCAACCAAUUUAUCCCGCGAGACUUUUCUCUCGUUGACACGACAGGUGUGGAUGACCUCGUUUGUGAAAAGACGUCUUUUGGCAAACUUUGGUACAAGCCCGAUCGAGUUUUUGCGACACCGCGAGCACACGUUGCGCUUCUGAUACACUUGCCGAGCGUGGUGGGGAAUGUCGAGAAUUGGACCCAUACGCAGCUGUACGUCAAACUGGUUCGGGACGCCCUUAAUGAGUACGCUUACCACGCCAACGUGGCCGAGCUCAUGUACUCCCUCCACGUGAAGGAGUCUGGCCUAGAGCUCGUUUUUGGUGGAUUUAACGACAAGUUGCACCUGCUGGUCGAGGUGGUGGUUGCCGCUGUAUUUGGAACGAAGAUCAAUGAAGCCCGAUUCGAGGUUAUGCGGGAGGAAUUGAUGCGCGAAUCCAAGAACGGAAUCACGAAGGUGGCUCAGAAAGCAAAGUACCUACGACUGCAGCUUCUGGAAAAGCGCGCGUUCCCAUUGGAGGCGUGCUUAGAUUCCAUGGAGGUCGCCACCGUUGAAUCCCUGAAGGAGUUUGUAUCAAACCAGUUGUGGGCAGGCAAGGCAUGGCUUGCGAGCUUCGCGCAUGGCAACAUUGCUCGUUCGGUGGCGUCUGAAAUGAUUGACAAGGUCGAAACUCACCUGCAGCGAGUAGCUGCACCACUCGAUUUACGCGACUUCCCGCGUCGCCACAUCACUGCUAUUCCGGAGACUCCUGUGGGCUUCCUGUUGAAGGAACGCAGCGAGAACAGAUCCGAGACGAAUACACAGGUGGAGCUCUACUACCAAAUCGGCCCGCUCACGCUGCGGCACUUGGCAUAUGCUGACUUGCUGCACCAGUUAAUGGAGGAGCCACUGUUUGACACGCUUCGCACGAAGCAGGAGCUGGGCUACGAUGUCUCGUGUACUGUUCGGGUGACAAACGGCAUUUUGGGAUUCGGGGUGACGGUUCAGUCGUCGUUGUUCGCUGCUGAGUACAUCUCCGCUUGUGUGGACCGCUUUAUGGUUGAUUUUGAAGAAGCCAUCGAAAUGAUGGCAGACGAGCACUUCCAUGACCACGCCCAAGCGCAGAUCCUGUUGAAGCUCGAGCCUGACCACAACCUCCUAGAGACGACGCACCACUACUGGUACGAGAUCACAUCGCGCCGCCUGGUUUUCGACAUGGACGCACAGCUCGCGAAGGAAUUGGAGACGGUAACGAAGAGCGAGAUGGCGCAGCUCUACCGCGAGUGGAUUCUUCAAAGCCCCAAGAAGUUGGCAGUGCACGUGAUCGGCCGCAGUAACAUGGCCGAGAAGGUGGCGCACGACAAGCGCAAGAACGCGACUAAAGCGGAGCUGGCGGAGCUGCGCGCGUUACCGCGGCCUAUUCGGAUCCGGGACUUGUACCAGUUCAAGUCCGAGUUGUCUUGCUACCCCGAUCCCAUCGACGAGAUCAAUGCAAGCGAGGCAAGGGAAGAAGAGCACAAGCGCCUCAAGCGCCUAGAACUAUAG